GCGAUGAUCAAAAGUAUAAUUUGACCGAAAAUUUUUUUUGGCCUAAAUAUUUUUUACUUAAUGUCACUGCAAAAGUGAUGCCCGCCAUGGAUGAUUCCUUUUUGCCCAGUAUUUUAGACUUAACUUACUACGUCACCAACCCA